AAGCUAUUUAGCCUGCCUCUAUAAAUUCCAGUCCUCUUCCAUUAUCUGUCUUCAAAUCCACAUCUACCAUCAACCCUCUUCCAAAAUAUCCAACCUCUUUCCCCCUCUCCCCCCCCCCUUCCAUCUCCUUCUCUCUCCCAUCCCCGAUCCCCUCCUCCGCUCUUGCUCAGUCAUACAGACAUAAGAUGGAUAAGAAACCAUGCAAUUCUCAAGAUGCUGAAGUAAGGAAAGGGCCUUGGACAAUGGAAGAAGAUUUAAUCCUGAUUAACUACAUUGCAAAUCAUGGUGAAGGUGUUUGGAACUCACUGGCACGAUCUGCUGGCCUCAAGCGUACAGGGAAAAGUUGCCGUCUUCGUUGGCUUAAUUAUCUUCGACCAGAUGUAAGGAGGGGAAAUAUUACACCUGAAGAGCAGCUCUUGAUCAUGGAGCUGCAUGCUAAAUGGGGAAACAGGUGGUCCAAAAUAGCAAAGCAUCUUCCCGGGAGAACAGAUAAUGAAAUUAAAAACUACUGGAGGACUAGAAUCCAAAAGCAUAUCAAGCAGGCAGAAACUUUCGCCGGGCAAGGCUCUGAGCAUGCUAAUGAUCAAGCAAGCACCAGUCAAAUUUCCACAACUGUAGAUGCUGCGGAAACCUACUCCCCACCCUCCUACUCCGGGAAUAUGGAGACUUUUCAAGGCCCUUUUCCCACUGAAUCAAAUGAGAACCUUUGGAGCAUGGAGGAUCUCUGGUCAAUGCAACUACUUAACGGGGACUAAACAUAAAUUGCUUCCCCCCAAUAUGCAUGCAUGCAUGCAUGCAUGAUUCUCUAGUACUGUAGUAUAGCUAGCUGUUGAAGCCACGUACCAAGGUUAGUAUAAUUAAUACCUAUUUAUGCUGGUGACUAUUUAAAUAUUGACUGUAAUAUGAUGAUGAACUUAAUUAAUGGGAGUAUCUUUCUUAUA